ACUUGUGAAUAAUUACAUGAAAAAUUAGUAGAAUGAUAUGAGGUGUGCGUGUAAGAAGAAUCUGAGAAACUUGUUGCUCAAUCACGAUCAGUCUCAGAGUUCAAAGGGAAUGAAUGCUUUUUCUCAGAAGAACAACAACACCAACUUUGAUCGUUCCAUUGUUGUUUCCCUUUAACCCCAAACAGUUAUUAUAGAACCCAACAACCAUCGGGUUUCGGAGAUACAAUGAUUGGGCGCAGAGACAGAGAGGGACCCUUGAUGAGGAACAACAACCCAAACUCUCUACGCAAAUCCAGGGUUCUAACCGCAGUUGCAAUUGGCUUCCUUAUUGGAUGCGUCUUCGCUUUCUUGUACCCCAAUGGCUUCUUCGUUUCUGACUCUGUCGCUGCUAAUCGCCGCCUCUCUCACGCGGGAUCCAUAACCCAGGAAAAUUCAGCUGGAUGUGAAUCCUCAGAUCGGGUCAACCUGUUGAAAUCAGAAUAUGUAGCGGUAUCAGAGAAGAAUGCCGAGCUAAAGAAACAGGUGAGGGAAUUGACUGAAAGGCUUCGCCUUGCAGAGCAAGGGAAAGACCAGGCUCAAAAGCAGUUCCUUACGCUAGGUAAACAGGUUAAGGCUGGACCCUUUGGUACAGUAAAGGGAUUGAGAACUAACCCUACUGUUGUUCCUGAUGAGUCUGUGAACUCGAGAUUGGGAAAGAUAUUAGAGAAAGUUGCAGUUAACCGAGAGCUUAUAGUUGGACUUGCAAACGCCAAUGUAAAGGAGAUGCUGGAGGUCUGGUUCACCAACAUCAAGAGAGUUGGCAUAACCAACUAUCUAGUUGUUGCUUUAGACGAUGAGAUUGUGAAGUUUUGCGAAUCAAAUCAAGUGCCAGUGUAUAAAAGAGAUCCAGAAGAUAGUGUUGAUGCAAUUGGAAGAAUCGGGAGUAACCAUGCUGUCUCUGGUCUUAAAUUUCGUAUUCUAAGAGAAUUUUUGCAGUUGGGAUACAGUGUUCUUCUAUCAGAUGUAGACAUUGUAUAUUUGCAGAAUCCAUUUGAUCAUCUAUACCGGGAUUCAGACGUGGAGUCCAUGAGCGAUGGUCACAAUAACAUGACAGCAUACGGCUAUAACGAUGUCUUUGAUGAACCUGCAAUGGGUUGGGCUAGAUUUGCACAUACUAUGAGGAUAUGGGUUUACAACUCUGGUUUCUUCUAUAUUAGACCAACAAUCCCUUCGAUCGAGCUUUUGGAUCGCGUGGCAACACGACUUUCGAAAGAGAAGGCUUGGGACCAGGCUGUUUUCAACGAGGAACUCUUUUACCCUUCACAUCCUGGUUAUGAUGGGCUUCAUGCUUCCAGAAGAACUAUGGAUAUGUAUCUCUUCAUGAACAGCAAGGUUCUGUUCAAGACAGUGAGGAAUGAUGCUAACCUCAGCAAAUUGAAGCCUGUAAUUAUUCAUGUGAAUUAUCACCCUGAUAAACUUCCCCGAAUGAAAGCAAUUGUUCAGUAUUACGUUGAUGGGAAGCAGGAUGCUCUCAAACCUUUCCCUGAUGGCUCAAAUUGAUAAUCUUGCUGCUGCUACUGCUGAGAGUAUAUUUUUUUAAGGGUCAAUUGUUUAGAACAGUUUCACAGUAGAUUUCAUUAGCUACAAAGCAUGUGUAGGUAAAAACUGAUAUCAUCUUAUGACUACACUGAGUUAUGCUUUUAGGCCUCAUUCUGUUUCUUUCUAUUCCUUUUUAAUGCAUGUUUUUGGUGGGGCUUACAUGGAUUUUCUUCUGUAACAUUUGUUGUAUGCUAAUUUGAAGUUUUUGUUAUUUUUUUCAA